GAGAGUGCCUAGAUCUGGAUAUCACUUAUCGGCAGAACGAGUACAGUCUUCAGUUUGGUGCUAAGACGGUUUUUGCUGGUUCAUCACCGUCUCUCUGCCGUUAUGGAGUCCAGGUUACUCGGCGUUGCCUCCGUGGCUGUCUGCCUCUUAUGUUUAGCAACACCGUACUUCGCCAAACCACUAACUCAGAAUAUCGAGCUGAGCUCGGAGGAUCGUCUUUAUUAUUUCGGCCAAAAGGAAGUGCAAGAUUUCGAGCUGGUCUCACCGAGCCGAUGGAAUCGAGCUGCCCCUGGCAAAGCCGCUCUACAUCAAGCAUCCUUUGAAGCCUUUGGUGAGGAUUUCAACCUCGAUCUCAAGGGCAAGAAAGGUCUUAUCAACGCUGCAACCGUCUUACAUAAAGUUGGCCAAGAUGGAAAGGUUAAAUUGAGCCAAAUCAGUAAUAAUUGCGAUCUGUACGAGGGGACGUCUAAGAAACAUGACAAAUCUCACGUUUCAGCCAGCAUUUGCGGCGAUAAGAUUGAGGCAACAGUCAAGACGAAGGGAGCCGUUUUCCACAUCCAACCUCUCCUUCCAAAACAUCAGGAGCUACUAGCUACUGAUGAUAAAACAACAGUGGAUGAACCGGUCACGAAAAACAUGCAUAUGGUGCUUAGAAGAAGCGUGAACAUCGAGGCGUGUGACAUGCAAACUGAAAGAAUAACUUCCAGCGAGAGGCAGAAAAGGUCCACAAUUGAAGAGCCGAUUUACGUUGAAGCUUCGGUGGUUGCAGACGACAUGAUGUUCAAAAUUUAUGGAACCAAUACUGAAGAGUACAUUCUCACCAUCAUGAACCAGGUGGCAGGUAUGCUGAAGGAUUCUAGUCUUGGUGUCCAAGUCAAUCUCCGCAUCACAGACAUCAAAAUCAUCGAGUCGCCUCAGGAUGACCUGCAACUAUCUGAGAAUCUGGAUGAGACUCUGGACAGUUUCUGCUCUUGGCAAAUGGACAGCAAAUCUGACAUUUCGAUCCUAAUUACAAGACGUGACUUGGUAUCGGCUGGCAGUCAUCAGGUAAUGGGUAAAGCUAAGGAUGUAGGUGGAGCAUGUGACCCUAAGAGACGUUGUGUGAUUGGACAAGAUCAUGGACCAAGUGGAUUGAUCUUUACUCUUACUCAUGAGAUUGGACACAGUCUUGGUAUGUAUCAUGAUGGAGGCUUGAGCGAUUGCGUCAACAAGAAGAAUAUCAUGGCUACCGUACACUCUACUGGACCUGAGGCCUUCCAAUGGUCAGAGUGUAGCCGAAAUGAUCUUCUCGACUUCUUGAGCCGUCCCGAGUCCAAGUGCUUGAAAGAUACUCCCAAGGCUUUGAGGAAACACUUUGCAUCUUCCGUCCCCAUGCCUGGAUUCCACUACAACGCUAGCCAGCAGUGCGCCAUGACAUUCAAUAAGAACAGCCUGGUUGCGUCUGAAGUCCUGAAUAAACCUGAGAUCUGCAAAGCUCUUGUGUGUAAGACUGGAAAGGGAGAACCCGAAUCAACCCUGAGUCCUCCACUCGAUGGAACACGUUGUGGAACCAAAAGAGAUAUUUGUAUCCAAGGUGAAUGCAUGAAAGUCUACAGUACCUUGGUCUGCGAUGGCGGAGAAUGUAUUCCCUUCUGGUUGUCUGGUAGUUUUGUCUGUGAUGCGUCAACCUGCAUAGCAACCCGCUCGGUACUCUGCGUUGAACAGCACGAUGACGGCACAACUAUUCGAGUAACGGACCUUUCUCGCUGUCCCGCUGAUGUUCCAUCAACUACUCAGGCUUGUGCGGACGAUGCAUGCAGGUACUCCUUUGUGAUAGUAGCAGUCGGUGCUUGCUCAGUCACAUGUGGUGACGGUUUCCAAACGAGAACAAUAUUCUGUCAAGAUGCCACCACUGGCAAUUCCGUCUCUGAGUCACUCUGUAACGCCAACACGAGGCCUGCAUCUACCCAGAGCUGUGCAACUGGAGUGACUUGCCCUGUCACUGUCAGCUAUUUCUUGGGAGAGUUUGGACAGUGCUCAGUUACUUGUGGGGUGGGAGUACAAACCCGAAGUGUGACCUGCCGCAACAACCUUGGAGAAAUCGUUAAUAAUAUUGACUGUACCAAUGCUGGUCUAGUCGCUCCUUCAGCCACCCAGGCAUGCAGUGUUAACGUUGCCUGUCAAGAAAAUAUCCGCUACAUCGCUGGACAACUCAGCACGUGCUCUGUAACCUGUGGAACUGGUAUCCAAACACGCCAAAUCUUCUGCGUCAACGCGGAAAAUCGUGUGGUCGCCAACUCAGUAUGUGAAGCCGCCAAUCUAGCCCCCUUGGCCACCGAGCUACCCUGUAUCCAAGUUGCGUGUCCAGUCAGUACUUACACGGCCGUUAGAGGAGACUAUGGUGCCUGCUCAGUGAGCUGUGGUACUGGGGUGGAAACCCGGGUGGUUGUGUGCUUGAACCAGGAUGGACAGCAGGUUGCCAUGGAUCUCUGCAUCGACUUUGGUAUUGAUGACUUGGCUACGGAGCGUGUGUGUACGCUGCCGGCGUGUGCACCUUUGUACCGCUACAGUAUCGGAGCAUACACUGAUUGUUCAGUAACCUGUGGUUCCGGAGUGAGAACCCGUGACGUCCAGUGUGUGAACCAGAACGAUGAGUCAGUUGAUGUGCAGGCUUGCCUGGAUCUGAACCUUAUACCACCAGUCUCAACCAUAGUCUGUCUAUUGGCUGAAUGCCCAACCUUCAUCUAUCAAUUUGGAAACUUUGGAGAGUGUAGUGAAACAUGUGGUGACGGUCUGAGAAUGCGUCUCGUUAUCUGUAUCAACAACGACACUAGUGAGAUUGUGAAUGAUGCCAACUGUCCUGGAGAGAGACCAGCCGCGACGGAGCCUUGCAAUCUCCAGUCCUGUGAUGUCAUCUAUCAGUUUGUAAAUGGACCGUUUGGCGCAUGCAACUGCAGUGGAAUUCAGACGCGCCUUGUGAUUUGCAUCUCGCGCUCUGGAAAUGAACUUGUACGCGUCGACAACCAAGUUUGUCUGGAUAAUGGUAUCGUGUUGCCAGAUCUCACGAGAGCAUGUGAAGCGCCCUCAAACUGCUUAAAUCCUGUCUGGGAGACGUCUGACUUCAAUGGGUGCUCAGUGACCUGUGACGUUGGUGUGCAGAGCCGGCUGGUAUACUGUGUUGAGUUUCCAGGUUCUUCUGUAUUAGUUGCUGAUUCUCUAUGUGUACCAGAGGACAGACCAACUGCCAGUCAGACAUGCAAUACUGGAGUGGAAUGCCCAACAGAAUACCUGUGGCUAGCGUACGGAUGGGGAGCUUGCAGUGUCACAUGUGGGGGUGGAAUUGAAAUGCGCGAUGUCUUCUGCUUUAAUUUGAACGAGAACUUCGCUCAGGUGAACGACUCGCUCUGCACCAUUGGGGACAGACCAUUGACAGUCCGAAAUUGCAAUCUUGAUCCAUGCACAGCCUCCUGGACAACAUCAGCAUGGACCGAGUGUUCGGUAAGCUGUGGUGAAGGAGAAGAAACGCGUACUGUCGCCUGCCAGGCCAGCAAGGAUCCUUCUAGCGCUGUUGUCGACGAGACGGAGUGCAUCGCCCCUGACAGACCAAUAGAAACACGCACAUGCUUCGUAGAGAUCUGUCCAUCUCCCUUCGGCUGCGACACCACCACCAGGCUCGAGGGAAUUCUCCAGUAUACUGAAAGCUCCCCUGGAUUCGGCAACGAUGAGAACUACCCUAAUGAUUUUGACUGUGACAAAUCAUUAGCCGCCGCCGCCGUUAGGAAUAGAAAUGUUGAAACCCCUGAAGAAUACUAUAUUCAGUUGACAUUUAAUGCCUUUGACCUCGAAGCAUCCGACAAUUGCCAGUAUGAUUUCCUUGAGGUGAGAGAUGUAUUUGAAAACACCACUGAGUUGCUCUGUGGAAAUUCCUACGAUCUCCCACUAGUGUGGAACUCCAAAGGUCCCUUGAUUGACUUGUAUUUCCACACCGAUGCAACAACCACUGCCAAGGGAUACUCUGUUGUUUACAACGCUGUAUUGAAAGAGGCACCUCCCCGUGUUAAUGUCACUGAAUGGUCCGAUUGCUCCGCUUCCUGCGGAGAAGGAACGCAGGUUCGUUCUCUCAUCUGUUACCGUGGUGAGGAGAUUGUUGAUGCUGCUGAAUGCAGUGAGCUUCAGCUACCUCCAUUGACGCGGCCUUGUCAACUCGACAGGUGCAUUGAGCCAAAUUCAUGCCACGGUGAUUUGACCCGUACUGUAGAUGGAAGCAUUAUCGAGUCACCAGAUUUCCCUAGCUCCUACGCAAACAAUGUGUCAUGUUUCAACCGCAUCCAAGCCCCAGAAGGCAUGGUGGUCCAGCUGGAGAUUGCGUUUUUCAACUUGCGUUCCUCAUUGGAUUGUGAGGUCGAUUCACUUAAGAUCUCGGAUUUCAAUUCAGAUGGUGAACCGUUGACGCUUUGCGGAGAUCAAAGUCCGGGCAUUGUCUUCACAUCGACCUCAACUGAGGUCUUAGUUGCGUUCUCUUCCAAUGAGACUGGUCUUCUCCCCGCCAAUGGAUUUGGCUACCGCUUGAUUGCCUCAUUCCUUGUUGAUCCAGGGAGGUCAUGCAUUAGUGAGAUCUCAACCUCUGGCCAGGCUGUCUUUUCACCAAACUACCCUGCUGAGUACGGUCCAGAUGAGAACUGCAUCACUGUCAUCCGUAACAGUGAAGGUUGCAUCUCUCUGCAGUUCUUGGACUUCAAUAUCCACGCCAACCCCGACGGAACUUGCUCAGACUUCUUGCAGCUGGUGGAUCUGACCGAAGUGAGUCUAAACACUGCUCCCCUCUGUGGAUCGGAGCUCCCUCGUCCAUUCUACUCGGCUUCUGGACUGAUUACGGUUCGUUUUGUCUCCAAUGGCUCCAUCGCCGAUAGUGGUUACAGUGCCAUCAGCAGAUUUGUGGAGUGUACGGAGGGUCUGUGGAUCGUAACCGAAUUCGGAGAGUGUUCAGCGACAUGUGGUGAAGCAACCCAGUCCCGUAUGGUCAGCUGCCAGAAACCUUCAGAUGGUAGCCCAGUGGAUCCUGCCUUGUGUCCACCAGAUAGACCAGAUGCUAUCAGAGAGUGUGUCGUGCCUGACUGCCCAAGUUGCGACGUCGUUGUUGAGCAAUCUGGUAUACUCAUUGAAUCCAUAAAGACGAAUGGUGUUUAUGCUAACAACCAACUGUGCACAACAACCAUCAGUAACCCAGAAGGAUGUCUCUCGAUCGAGUUCUUGUCAUUUGAACUUCAGAACUCAAUAGGCAACGAGUGCACUGCUGAUUAUCUAGAGAUUAUUGAUUCUGGGAGAGAGGCACCAAUGAGGUUCUGUGGUCUGGACGGUCCGAGGGCCUACUUAUCACUCUCCGGUGACGUCUCUAUUGUAUUUAAGACUGACGAGGCGGUCAACGCUGCUGGAUACGUGGCUUACGUUAGGUUUGUGCCAUGCCCCGUCAACGCUUUCAUUCCUGGAAAUUGGAGUGAGUGCUCGGUGACCUGUGGAUCAGGGAUGAGAACACGUGAUGUUCAAUGCAUGGAUCUACUGAAUGACGUCCCUGUGGACGAGUCCCUGUGUAGUGGAGUCCGUCCGAUUAACGUGGAGCCCUGCAAUACAGAGGUGGAGUGUCCAUCAUGCUACUUCUACGUCAAUGAAACUGGUCAGUUUCUGACGAGUCCAGGAUUUCCUAAUGAGGAGUACACCAACAAUCUGAAUUGUGUUUAUGAGUUCGAAUCACCUGAUGACUCGCAGUGUAUACGAAUCGUCUUCCUGGAAGCCUAUCUCGAUGGACCCGAUGACGAUGGAGCAUGUACCAAUGACAUCAUUACUGUUGAUGGUCUUGAGGCACAACCUCAAUUUGUAUUCUGCCCGGAGUCUGCUCGCUCAGUAACAUGGUUCUCCUCGACAAACACAGCCAAGUUGACUUUCACAACCGACGAGUCGGACACAGGGUUUGGAUUUAACCUGUACAGCAUCUUUGAGGAAUGUAUCGAGUAUGAUUAUGUAGCGGGAGAUUAUGGUCCGUGUUCUGCACGCUGUGGUGGCGGUACCCAAGAUCGAACAAUCACUUGUGUUAGAUUGUCCGAUAACUUCGAUGUAGAUCUUGCUUUUUGUCGCAACCCUCUGCCAACAAGCUCUCGGGCUUGUAAUACCCAUCCAUGUGAAGACUGUGAUGCCAGCUUUGGUCCUGGACAGAGCCUGCUUUCCAGCCCUGAUUUCCCUACUCCAUAUCUGACCAUGCUGGACUGUCAUUACAACAUUACCAACCCUGAUGGCUGCAUCAUUCUUCAGUUCUUGGAUUUUAAUUUGCAGAGCUGCUCUGAAUGUGAAUGUGACUCCCUCACUAUUUUUGAGGAGGGAGUUGCUACUCUGCCACCCCUCUGUGGAGAUGAUCCACUCUCGAUGUAUCAGUCUACAACCGGUAACGUUCACCUCGAGUUCAUCAGUGAUGCCUCAGUGACCAAUAAUGGGUUCAACAUCUUUGUAUCGUAUGCAGAAUGUCCCGAUACCUUCUACUUCACUGGAGAUUACUCGCAGUGUGACGUAAGCUGUGGCGGUGGUACACAAAUGAGAGAAGUCUAUUGUAAGAGUCGCUCUAUGAAUGUUCAGGUCGAUAACGCAAUGUGCUCUGGAGCAAUGCCGCCCUCAACGCAACCUUGUGGAUUGGAGGAUUGUCCAUUCUGUGAUGUAGAAGUGACAUCUCCAAGCUUCAUCACAAGUCCCGAUUUUCCCGCUGAAUACCCUAUCAGUAUCAACUGCGAAUAUAAUAUCACUGCUCCAGAAGAUAUGUGUGUCAGUGUUCGUUUUAUUACGUUUGAUCUGGAAGAAGGCACCGGUGAACUUCCAAUUUGCGAUAAGGACUUUGUACAUAUUAAGGAUCUAUCAACAGUUUCCCUUGACAGGAGGUACUGUGGAAGCAGUACUGAAAUCAUUUGGUCAUCUCGAGAUAGGGAGGUCAUUUUGGAGUUUUCUUCUGAUGAGGAGAACACGGCUGCAGGUUUUAAUGCCUACGUCAGCUUCAUUACUUGCCCUGCAUUUGGAUACAGUUUCGGACCAUUUAGCGAAUGUUCUCGUCCAUGUGGAGGUGGCAUCCAGGAACGCACCGUUGAAUGCCUAGAUUUAUCAACUGAUCUUGUAGUUGCAGAUGAGAUGUGCCAAGAUACGAGACCGUUAGCCACUAGACCCUGCAAUGAAGAGGCAUGCCCUGAAUGCAAUGAGGUGAUAUUAACUGAACGACAAACUGUUGCCAGUCUUAACUUUCCUCAGCCGUACUUCGAGUACAGCUGCAACUACUUAUACACCAAUCUAGGAGGCUGCGUGGAACUUCUCUUCAUUCAGUUUGAGCUUCCAGAACCCAAUCCUGAUGGCAUCUGCGAUACGGACUACCUACUGGUCGAGGACAACAGUAACCAGCCGUUUUCAUACCGCAUCUGUGGAAGGUCAACCCCGCAAGGUGUGGUCUCACGAGGACAGACGCUGAAUGUAACGCUUAUUACCGACAGUAACCCGGCGACAUUCGGUGAAGGCUACCAGUUAUACAACAUAUUCACUGCCGUGUGCCCGACCACUGGUUACGUAGCGUCUGAAUGGCAGGACUGUGAUCGAGAAUGUGGAGGAGGAACCAGACAGCGUGAUGUUAGCUGUAUACAUCUGGAGAGUGGUCUUGUCGUCGAUGAGCAGCUCUGUACUGAUAUGAAACCAGUCGAUACGGAGCUCUGCAACAGUCAGCUUUGUCCAUCUUGUGAUGGGACGAUUGACUCCUUGCCAUAUCAGCUGUUGAGCCCCAACCAUCCUGAGAGCUUCGAUCCUCAGCGUACAUGUAACUACAACAUCACUUCUUCACGAUGUCUUCGUAUCACAUUCUUGGAUUUCAACCUUCCGACACCAGAAGGGGACAUGUGUGGCGACACCUACGUUCAGAUAAGGGAUGUAGAAGCGGAGUUCUUGAACCAAAGGAUCUGUGGAGAUGGACCAAUAAGACAGCCUGAUGAUUUCUCACUUUACAGCUGGGAGUCACGCUCUGGACAGGUCAUGGUGACACUUAACAGUGGUGAGGAUAUCCCAGACAACAGCAGGUUCCAGUUUUACUUGACCGAAGUGGACUGCCCAGAGUUUGGAUUCAUCGCUGGAAACUUCAGUGAGUGCAGUGUCACAUGUGGUGAAGGUAUAAACACACGCCCUGUUGAAUGUAUGAGACUGGCUACAAAUGAAGUUGUGCCCGAUGAUAUGUGCACGGACCCCAAGCCAGCUGAAACAAGACCAUGUCCUCGACAGCCGGUUUGCCCAUCUUGUGAUGCUGUAUAUCAACUAAGCAGUACUGUACCAGUGAUCAUGGCACCCCCUAAAGAUGGCACAUGGACCAGUGAUGUGAAUUGUGAAUACACAAUCACUGCGGACACCUCUUGUGUGCAAGUCAGUGCUCUGUCAUUUCAUCUGUCCGAUCCGGAUGAGAACAACACUUGCUCAACUAGCUUUCUUUCGUUUACGGAUGGCGUGUACGACAUGUACAGUCAAGAGUAUUGUGGAUCUACAGUCGCACCAACCUUCCUUUCGCUGACACCAAAUGCAACUGUUGUCUUCUCAUCUGAUAACUACGAACAAUCCACGGACACCUUUGCACUAUAUGUCCGUACUGCUGCUUGUCCAUCGUUCAUGUAUAGGGCAGGACAAUUUUCACAGUGCUCCUUGUCUUGUGGAGGCGGCACACAAGUUCGAGAUGUAACCUGUGAGAGAACCGACUUGAAUGUAGAAGUACCUGAGAUUCUUUGUACAGAUGCUCGUCCAGAUGAUUCAAAUGUCUGCAAUGAUUUUGAAUGUCCUCAAGAGUGUGAUCGAGUUCUGACGGAGAACAAUCCCAUCGUCCCACUGACUGCCCCUACUGCUGCUGAAUACCAAGUCAAUGCGACCUGCACCAAUAACCUUGUUGUCCGUGUUGACUCCUGCGCCAAAAUUGACAUUUUGUCAAUUGACAUCGAGGAGUCGGCUCCAGGUGUUUGCGAUGGUGACUAUCUUGAAAUAAUUGAUUCUAGUUUUCCAGAGCUUAACUUGAAACUUUGUGGUCAAGUGGCUCCCACUGGAACCUGGAGAUCUCGCUCAAGUAUUGUUAGAGUCGUAUCCGCCACUGACGCAACGGACAACCAGCCUAACAUGUAUGUCCUGAACUAUUCAUUCGAUGACGCUUGCCCGACUGGAUCAUAUUCAACUACAGCUUGGUCUGCGUGCUCAGUAUCAUGUGGAAGUGGAACUAGGUCCAGAUCCAGUCAGUGUGUUCUUCCGGAUGGUUCAAUUGGCCAGUUCUCAGAUUGUCCUGGUAUACCACCCACUGUCAGCGAAGCUUGCAACAUGGGCGCGUGCCCAGAGUAUUAUUACAAUACUGGAGACUUUUCUGAUUGUUCAACAACGUGCGGCGCUGGAACUAGCACCCGUGUCGUUACGUGUCGUGCUGUGGCUGAUGAUACUGUUGUGAGUGUCAACCUUUGCUCUGACCUAUCCACACCAGAAACCACAAUGGCUUGUAAUCUUCAACCGUGUGCUGACUUUGUGGUAAAUGAUCCAUCAACCACAAGGGCUCUGGUAUUGGGGGAUACUGGAACCAUUACGAGCCCAAACUACCCGAGCAAUUAUCCUGAUAGUUUGAAUGGGGAGCUUAUACUGACCUAUGAGGCAGGAACAAUACUCAAGAUCACCAUCAAUCAAUUGGCCCUCGUCUUUGAUACUCCUUGUGCAAAUGGCGACAGUAUAAAUAUUUCUUCAGGCACCAGUACUUUGGCCAUUUGCUCAGCACUUGUGACCCCUUCAGAUUGGUUCAGUAGCCCAGGUGAACUGACAACAACAAUCACUUUCACAACAAGUGCAACCAACUCUGAUAUGGGUUUCAGUGCCACAUAUGAGGUCCUAUCCAACUAGAGUACAACAGGGCUGUGUGAGGAGUUCCUACCUUUUUGCAAACAUGAUUUUUUUUAAGUGUAACAAAGUCGUAAGCACAAAAACAACGGCAAAUAAUUAGAUACAAUAGUUUGACCUGGGUUUCGAUUUCACAAAGCAAGAAAAAUUAUUGUAAGACAACUGUUCAAUAUUACUACAAGUAUUGUGACAUCACACUUGACUAAACAAUUGAUUUGCAGUUUAGAUCAAUCUUAGCUCUUGAUGAAAUCGGCCCCAGAAUGAGUUAUGACCUUCUUGCACGAUUAGCUUAUUAAAUAUUUUGUACUCCAAGAGUUAUCAGGAACACAUUUGUCUGUCAACAAAUGAAAUUAAAUCUGACGUUUAGAGUAGACAUAGACAAAAACUUUUAUCCAAAUAAUGUCCAAUUAAUCCACAAAAAUGUAUAUUUUGUCUAUUAAUUAUUGCGCUUGGUAGUCGUGGGAAACCCUUAUCAAGGCUCCUGAAUCCAACGCUCUCUAAAAGUUUUUUAUAACUUCAAGCAAAUAAUUAAAGAGUAGAUUAGAUUCACCAGAUUUAUAAACUUCUAGUCUUAUUUUUAUUAUAAAUCUUAACCCCAAUUGAUGUAAACAUCUAUAUAUAUUUUGUGAUUUGUACAAUUAAAAAAAAAUUAAAUAAAGUCAGUUUUACUGUGUCUGUACAUGCAUAUGGAAGAUUUCCUGCACUAGAUUUAUAAAUGCUGGUAAAUUUUGUAGUAUUUAUUGAACCAAACAUUCCUCAAGUGUUGUAUUGUCAACAAAUUACAUUCCAACAGGCUCAACAAUAUAAUAUGACAUGAAAUACAAAGUUGUCUUUCCUCCAAACAAGAUUGGUCUAGUCUUGAGUUUUUCUUAGUAAAUAACUUGUAACUAUAGUUUUUUUCCAGAGGAAACACGGGUCGAGUUCACUGACUAGAACAAAAUAACAACUUUUAUAGCAAGGCAAAGUGUACAUUUGAUUAGAACUGAUUUUUGUCUUCAUCUAUUAGACAUUGAAUUGUUGUCAACAUUUACUCCAUCAUUUUUAAGUGUAGUGUACAAUAGUUGAUUACUUGUGGUAUUUUUUUAUAACCGGAAUAUAUUUUUGUGUGUACUUUGUAACCUAAAAAUAAUAAUAAUAAUAAUCAG